AUGGGAAACACGCUAAAGAAAAAUGGAAGAGACUUAAAAAAACCCCAAGAAGAGCAAGUAGAGGAAGAUCCUGUGUUCACGUGUGAAAUAUGCAUAGAGCCCAUGCAAUCAAACAAGAAAUUCAACAACAAUAACAAUUGCGUACACCCUUUUUGCAUGGAUUGCAUAGCCAAAUACGUCGAGACCCAGAUUGACAACAAGGUGGCCAACAUUAAAUGUCCUAGUUUGUAUUGCACGCAAUUGUUGGACUCUCUCUUUUGCAGGAGAAUCAUCUCAAAACCACUAUUUGAUAAGUGGUGUGAUAUUCUUUUCGAGUCGACUGUUCUUAAGGUUGAAGAAAAAUGCUAUUGCCCAGACCCUCAGUGCUCGACUUUGGUACUUAACGAGUGCAAAAUUGUGACAAAAUCUGAGUGUCCUGUGUGCAAGAAGGAGUUCUGUUUUCAGUGCAAGACUCGAUGGCAUGCCGGGUAUCGAUGCAACGAGAGUGGACAGUUGAGAGAUGAGAAUGAUGUUCUGCUUGGAAGGCUUAUUGAAGAGAAGAAAUGGAGUAGAUGUCCCAAUUGUGGUCAUGCUGUUGAACGUGUUGAUGGUUGCAACGACGUCAUUUGCAGAUGUCAAACUCGUUUUUGCCAUAAGUGUGGACAAAAGUCUCAUUUUGGCCAAUGUGGAGAGAAGGAACUCGAAGAAAAUCUUUGCAGUAACAUACUUCAAUACAUAUUGGUUGUGUUGACGAUGAUAUCCGUUUAUGUGUUCAUCAAAAAUAAUUUAUUUCUUAUAAUGCAAUAA